CUGUGAGUUUGGAGAGGAGGGCAGAGUCGUUGAAACACAGUCCGCAGACAUAUUGUUUGAGGUUUUUACGGAAUAUAAAACUAACCAUCUUUUACUUUGCACGGACACUGGCUUUAUUAUCAGAUGGCUGGACAUUUGAGGAGGAGUGGUGGAUGAAUGGAGAGCGGUUCAUCACGCCCAGGAAAUCAAGUAAAAGGAAGCGUGAAGUCGCUGGAACAGGUCGAACUAUUUGAUUAAGUGGAUGAUGAACUCAAAUGAAAAACUAGUUUAAGUUUCGGUACAACAAAGUUUCUUUCCAAACUAUUUUUUUAACCGGAAGGAAUUGACCUGUUGGAGAGUCGAGCGACUGCGCACUGACAAUCCUGCAUACGGGCAAAACAAAUCUGCAGUGAAUGGAUGCAAUGGAUCCAACUCUUGCCCCAAAAGGAUGUAGUUCCUCCAUGAGUUCCAUAUACCACAACCUGUGUAACCUGACCACGCUGUGGGGAGUCGUGGUGGAGGGCAUCGCAGCUGCUGGUGUGUUGACCUCCUUCGUCCUGCUUAUGAUUCUCAUUGCUUCGUUACCGUUUGUGACGGACCAAAAAAGAAAAGGCAUGGUGGGUCUGCAGGCCAGCAUUUUGAUAUUCACCUUGGGACUCUUUGGACUCACUUUUGCCUUCAUUGUGGGACGGUUCUCCACGAGCUGCGUUGCCCGGAGGUUCCUGUUUGGAGUGCUGUUCUCUGGCUGCCUGGCCUGCCUGGUGAUGCAUGGGCUAUGGCUGGUCCUGCUGCAACGGAGAGGCCGUGGACCAAGGAGCUGGACGUUAUGGCUGGGGGCUCUCGCUCUGUGGUUAGUCGAGGUGAUCAUCAACACUGAAUGGCUGGUCAUCACUAUGAAGAGCCCUCCUGGAGUCAUUGUAGCGGACCUGUCUUGUUUCAUUGCCAACCAGGACUUUGUAAUGGCCCUCAUCUAUGUGAUGGUUCUGGUGCUGGCUGUGGUCCUCAUGCCUUUUCCCUCGCUCACACACAAGCACAAGCAGUGGCGCCGGGACGGAGCUUUCAUCUUGACCACGGGGCUCUUUACCUUGGCUAUCUGGAUAGCUUGGAUUGUCAUGUACAUCCACGGAAACCGCGUGGCGGGGAAUGCAAGCUGGGACGACCCCACUCUGGCUGUGGCUGUCGUGUCAAAUGCCUGGGUGUUCCUUUUCUUCUACACAAUUCCAGAAAUUUGCCUAUUGACACAAGAGGACCCAGACCAGGAACAGCCCGAUGAUGGGGAAAAUAUUUAUCCUGCAAGGAGCCUAGUUUAUGACAACGUCCUGAAGGAAACAGAGGCAACACAACAAAGCGUGUACAUGGAUAAUAGAGCAUUCUCAACCGAUGAGCGGCCAGCAGAACCUACACAGCCGGAGUCUCCAUAUGGGGCUUAUAAUGGUCAGGUACGGAGUUGUGUGUACCAGCCAACCGAAUUAGCCUUAAUUGCCAAAGGUCUGACAAUGAUGGACCAUGGUGUGAUGAUACCCAGAGCCAGAGCCCCAUCUCUGAACCCAGGAAGUGUCAGAAGCUCCCUGUCCCGUUCACUUGAGUCAUUGGCAACUUAACGACAGUCACAGGCUGGCAAAUCCACACAGCUGUGUGAGACAGCGAUGAAUAUAAUUCUCUUCCAGGGCUUCUCAUCAGAUUCUCUGAUUAAAAUAUAAUCCUUUUUCUUUCUUAAAUGAAGCUGUAACUCUCCUGCAGUCUGACAUACAAUUUCUGUUACAGAGCAAUUCUUUUACUUAAUUUGCUCUCAUUUUUGCAGUGUUCUGAAAUAACAGUAGUCAAACAUAGCAAGUAAAGCUGUCAUACUGGGGUAAGAACCAAAAUGGCAAAGACCUUCAUGAAACAAAAGUUGUGCCUUAAAUUUUCUAUUUAUUUUUGUUGUUCUUUUUUAAAACUGAAACUAGCUCUUUAUACCUUCUACUGUCAAACAUGAAAAUCACGCAAUCACUUAGUCUGUGAUCGCUUAACCUACUUUGCUCCGACCUCUUUCAAAAUAUGAAAUCUGAAGAUGAGAAAUUAGGGAAAUGGAAAGAAUAUGAAUAAGAUUUCUCUACAAUUAACACGACCACGUAGGCUGAAAAACUCUUAGGUAAUUUACUUCCAUAUGAAUUGACACCAUUUCUUUCUUUUGUCAUAAAUCUACUGCCUGCAAUUUGUUAGUCUGUUUACAACUACCUAUAUUUGUUGACUAGUGUUUUCUAAUCUGUGAAGUAAAUGAUAUGUAACCGUUCGGUUUCCUAA